AGCCACCGCACGUUUCAUUCCGUUUCCAUCGUUCACUUUCAAGUAUUCCUUAACGACUUCUUUAUCCCCAUACGAUCGACAUUGAAAGCCUUCUAGCUUUCAAAACUCAGUCGAAGGCUUAAAGUGACGAAAUAACGAGAUCAGAGCAUAGCCCACGUUGGUGAUUUCAUGGCCAGCAAACAGCUAGGAAAACUACGCCAGUGGGCAGGCGAAGUUAUUUCAUCGCGAGACAAGACUGCUAUUUCUGAUGAGUUCAAGGAGUUGGAAAGGGACAUAGACCUUCGUAGGCAGGGCCUGUCGAAACUUCAUGUGACCUCUGAAGACUACAAACAUGCACUGAGCAAGAAGAGAGACUCUGAAGCACUCCCUCAGGAAGGGAAGCUUCUCCCCAUCGAUGCUCUUGGUAUUGUGAUGAUGCAGCAUGGAGAGGAGUUUGGUGACGAAUCUGCGUUCGGAUCAUCGUUAGUGAACCUCGGGAAGGCACACUGUAAAAUUGCGACGCUGCAAGAGACGUUCACCAUUUCAUUCGAGGAUAGUUUUAUCGACUCGAUUCAGAGAUAUGAGGACGAGAUAAAGGAGUAUCAGCACCAAAGGAAGAAACUCGAUAGCAGACGGUUGAGCCUCGACGCCGCGUACAGCAAGCUCGAGAAGUUGAAGAGUAACAAAGCUGUCGCAAACUCCAAGAAAGACAGGGAAUUGAAAGAUGCGGAAGAAGAGUAUGAAGAGGCAAAGUCAAGAUACGAGGAAACAUUGAGCGACGUCCGCCUUCGAAUGUCUGUCAUCCAAGAGAACGAAAUUGACCAACUACGCUCUUUGACGGAUCUGUUGCAUCUCGAAAUGACAUUCAUCAAGCAAUACACGGACGUCUUGAAGGAGGUGAAGGAUGGUUGGGUCGACGAAACGACCAUGUCUGAGCUUGAGCAGCAACAUCGACUUCACCAAAAGCCUCCUGCGCCGGCUUCAAUUUCACGUUCAUCCUCGACCAAGUUGCAUCAUUCACGUUCGUUCGCGUCAGAGCCGGCCUCUGAUGAAGACGGGGAAGACGCUGAACAAGAGAAGGAGAAAUCCGGAGGCUUCCGUGCUCGUGCCAAGUCCUUCACGCGUCGCAAGUCCGAUGCAGGCAGCAGGGCGCCUUCGCGUCCUCAAUCGAGAGCUGAGAGAAAAAGGUCUGAUAGUUCGGCUACGGCUGCGAGCAAAGGCGAUGUCGAUGAUAGUGAACUUGAAAAGUCGGAGAAGGAGAAAGAGAAAGAAAAGAAGGCGGAAAAAUCCAAACGCCUGACUGUUGCAGGCUGGGCUUCAAGCAAAGUCAGCUCUAUCUCCUCUAUUGGACGGUCGAAGAAGGAGAAGGAGAAGUUCUCUGCGCUUAUGGAGGACCAAGACGAUGUAUCCGACGAAGAUAAUGCUCGUAGAGCGGGGAGCGAUGACGAUGAGGACGGGGGUACGGUGAGGAGAACGACCAGUGUACCGUUGCCUUCUGUUAUGCCGCCGAAGCCGGUAAAGAGCAAGAGUUCGCCCUCGACUCCCACUCCCUCGCCAAAGAUCUCUACACGUCUCGUCCAACGCUCUUCGUCAACUCAAGCCUCUCCUGUGUCGUCUUCCCCUCGAAUUACUUCGUCUCUGCAAGCCUUGCAUAGCGUGAAGCCCAAACCUAGGGUGGUUGUGGCCAUGUAUGACUUCACUGCCUCAUCUCCAGACGAGCUUUCAUUCAAAGCGGGAGACCAGAUUAUCGUCACAAACGAAGUUGUAGAUGGUUGGUGGAUGGGCGAAUUGAAAAACGGCAGUGGGAAGAAAGGCCUGUUCCCGUCCUCCUACACCCGCCCGUUGCCAGAAAAGGAUAGCUCCUCAAGCUCGCUAUCGCUACCCACCACCGCAAAUUUGCAGCCAGCGUUCAGUCGUCGUCCGGAGCCUUUGACGAACCUCGAUCAUGCUGAUUCUCCACAUAGUGAUGACGAGUCUGCUCUUGGCGUCUCAGCAACUAUCCCAAUGGCAGUGAACUCUGGAACGCGUUUCGGCUUUGGUUUCGAGGACCCAAGCGUGAGUGAUCUGGAGGAAGACGACCAUCAUCCAUUCAGUGAUCAGUUCAUUGCUUCAAGUCGGAGUCCGUUGCAUCAGCAUCGCUACAAUAUUGGUCAAGAACGCUCUGAUGCGGAUAGUUUCACCACUGGGAGCAGCGAUUUGGAUUCCUACGAUGAUGAGCGGAAUAAUUUGGUAGCCACUCCAUCUGCUCAGGAUAUUAUGAAGGAUAGGAUCGUACAUGCGGCUCCGCCUGUGCCCCCGCGAAGACCCGUUGAUAUUACUCCGAAGAAGGCUCCCCCACCUCCCCCACCACGUCGGAACCUCAGCAACGCUCCGUCUGCGAGUUCUACUCCACCUCCUAUCCCUGCUCUUCCUCAUAGACCGGGCACGUUGCACUCACACUCGUCACUAUCGUUGUCUAGCGGAGCUUCGUCGUUCAUAAACCUCGUUCAUACUACUGCUCCAGGUAAUGAUGUCGGUGCGGAUGGAUUGACGUACUCACCCUUUGACUCGCCGAGGGACGGCACGUUUGCUGGGUCUAGGAGCGGAGGGUGUUCUAACUUCAAGCAGAAUCCGUUCAAACCGAAGGGAAUGUGUAACAACUGUUUCCAGAUGCAUACUUGAGCAAACUCGAUUCGGCAAUGGUACCUUGACGACCUUCUAUCUCAUGUUGUGCAGCGACAUAAUGAUUAUACUAACGGACAUGAUCUACGACGCUAGUUGUUCUAUAGAGCAAUCUCUUUCCCAUCUAUCUUGUGCUGUAUGCACUGGUUCUUUCUACUUACUCACGAUCCUUAUGAUUUGUUUUGUACUUUGGAUCCUGGACAGUCUAUGUACAAUACACGUUCGCUUCUAACUCCAACAGUCCUCUAUCAAUCUACCCUCACGUUCCAUCGUCGCGACAUAUUCUGCUGCCUCAUCCUCACUCUUCCCUCCAUACUCUCUAAUGGCAUCACGUAUCGCAGCUUUCACGCCUGCAGGCAUCUUAUUUGAUGACCUGUUAUCCAAAAUUCCAAAGCGUUAGCGUUCCCGUCACUUCCAAGCUGGAACUUUAAUACGUACCCUGAGAUGUACACCCAUGCACCACUUUCCCCUACAAGCUCCCAUAUCCUUUUAGCGUCUUCCGCAAUCAAGUCUUGAACGUACGUUCUCUUGACGCCCUCAGGGCUAUCGCGUGAAGGCGCGACGCGAUAUACAAGCUUGCCUUCCGAGGCCAAAGCUUCAAACUCGGCGCGAUAAUGUUGGUCCUUGGAGACAGACCGGCAACCUUGGUAUAGAGUGUUCUCUUUGGCAGGCCAUCAAUAUGAGUGUAUAACACACUGAGGCAACAAAACGUACCUUUCGAGCCCUGACGAGUCCGUUCUUCGAUGAUGGCUCGGGCGGGUGCGAUGCCUGUCCCUGGUCCAAUGCAGAUGACUGGUGUAUGAACAUCCUUCGGCAAGGUGAUCAAACCGCCUUUCUUGAUGCCUACGGGUAUUUUGUCACCUACGUAGAGAUCUAUAUCAGUUUCAAAGACGACAGGUUGAAAUGAUGGAGGUAUUCACCGGGUUGAAGAGCUGCCAGAUAUGUAGUAGCGACGCCUCUCCUUGGUAUCCUCAAUUUCGUGCGGUAUUGAACAAUCGCGACGC